AUUUCUUUUUCCAAAAGAAAUCCAUAAAAAUUUUUCUGUUGCUCACCUAAAAUUACUCCUUAAUUAAAUGGAAAUUGUCUAACUUACUCUUUUAAUUAUUAAAUACUUAUUCAACUUUUGAUAGUAAAUUACAUAGAAAAGUUAAAGAAUACAUAGUACAAUAUGACAUCUGAUUUGAAUCAACAAUUAGGUAAUCUUAGUGUUCAAGAUACUCAUAGUGCUUCAGGAAAUAUUUCUGAAGGCAAUGGUAAUGGAAGAUCUCAAUAUGUUCCACCUCAUCUUCGUAAUUCUCGUGGAGGAGGUGCUGGAGCUGGUAGUGGAAAUGAUGAAGGUUAUCGUCGUUCUAAUUCAUAUAAUGGUAAUAAUAAUGGUUAUGGAAAUGGUAAUGGUAAUGGUUUCCGUAGAUCUGGUAGUGGUACUGGAUUUGGAGGAUCUAGUGGAUCAUAUUCUUCAAAUGGUUAUGGAAAUCGUAGUUAUUCAAAUGGAGGAAAUCGUGGAGGUUUUGGUGGUGGAAGAUUUGGUGGAUAUCAAAAACCUGGUGUUGGUAGAUGGACUGAUGGUAAACAUGAACCAUCUGCUCGUAAUGAAAGUUUGGAAUUAGAAUUAUUUGGAACUUCUGAAGAUACUUCUUUUCAAUCUUCUGGUAUUAAUUUCGAUAAUUAUGAUGAAAUCCCCGUUGAAGCUUCUGGUGAAGGAGUUCCUGAACCAAUUAGUUCAUUUACUGCUCCUCCAUUAGAUCCUUUAUUAGUUGAAAAUAUUACUUUAAGUAGAUUUUCUAAACCAACUCCAGUUCAAAAAUAUUCUGUUCCAAUUGUUGCUGGUGGUAGAGAUUUAAUGGCUUGUGCUCAAACUGGUUCUGGUAAAACUGGGGGAUUUUUAUUUCCAGUAUUAUCUGAAUCUUAUAUGAAUGGUCCAGCUCCAAUUCCAGAAAGUCAUGGAGCUUUCUCUUCAAAUAAAGUUUAUCCAACUAUUUUAGUUAUGGCUCCAACAAGAGAAUUAGUUUCUCAAAUUUAUGAUGAAGCUAGAAAAUUCAGUUAUAGAUCAUGGGUUAAACCUUGUGUUUGUUAUGGAGGUGCUGAUAUUGGUCAACAAAUUAGAAAUUUAGAUAAAGGUUGUGAUUUAUUAGUUGCUACUCCUGGUCGUCUUAAGGAUUUAUUAGAAAGAGGUAGAGUUUCAUUAGCUAAUAUUAAAUAUCUUGUAUUGGAUGAAGCUGAUAGAAUGUUAGAUAUGGGGUUUGAACCACAAAUUAGACAUAUUGUUCAAGAAUGUGAUAUGCCAGGAGUUAAUGAUAGACAAACUUUAAUGUUUUCUGCUACAUUCCCAAGAGAUAUUCAAAUGUUAGCUAGAGAUUUCUUAAAAGAUUAUAUCUUUUUAUCUGUUGGUAGAGUUGGUUCUACUUCAGAAAAUAUUACUCAAAAAGUUUUAUACGUUGAAGAUGAAGAAAAGAAAUCAGUAUUAUUAGAUUUAUUAACGGCUGGUGAUCAUGGUUUAACCAUUAUCUUUACUGAAACUAAAAGAAUGGCUGAUAAUUUGGCUGAUUUCUUAUAUGAUCAAGGAUUCCCUGCCACUGCUAUUCAUGGUGAUAGAUCUCAAUAUGAAAGAGAAAAGGCCUUGGCAGCAUUUAAAAAUGGUUCUGCCCCAAUUUUAGUGGCUACUGCUGUGGCUGCUAGAGGGUUAGAUAUUCCAAAUGUUGCUCAUGUUAUUAAUUUUGAUUUACCUUCUGAUAUUGAUGAUUAUGUCCAUAGAAUUGGUCGUACUGGUCGUGCUGGUAAUGUUGGUAUUGCCACUGCCUUUUUUAAUAGAAACAAUAAAAAUAUCGUUAAAGGUUUAGUUGAAUUAUUAAGUGAAGCAAAUCAAGAAGUUCCUGAUUUCCUUACUAAGAUUGCAAGAGAAGGAUCUUUUGGUAAAAUGGCUCCAGGUCGUGGAGGUCGUGGAGGUUCUUCAAGAGGUGGAGCUACUAGAGAUUAUAGAAGACAAGGUUCUUCAUCUGGUAGUGGUAGUGGUUGGGGUUCAUCCUCUUCAUCGGCUGGAGGUUGGGGUAAUUCCUCUGGUGGGUAUGCUUCCAACAAUGGUGGUUAUACUGCUCCAACUCCUCGUUAUGAUAACUCAUCAUAUGGUAACCCAUCUAGUACCAAUUCAUGGUGGUAAACGUGACAUUGAGUUGUCACUACUUUACUACUACACUAAUUACUGCUGCUAGUAUUAUUUUUUUAUCCCAUCAUUAUCAUUAUCAUUUAUCAUUUUUCACUUAACAUUUUUAUAUAUCGCUAUUACUCUAACCAACUCCAUGUCUGGGUCUUAUAAAGUAUUUUUAGUCAAAGAAAAAGGAAAGAAUAAAGAGAGGAGACAUCACUAGGAUAUUCAAUUCUUAAUUGAACUUUUGGAAUAUCCCUAACAAAUUGUCAUUGUCCUUGCUUACCACAUUAUAUUAUUAUAUUCAAUUUUGCAUUAAUUGCUUUCAGUUUGUUUUUUGCUACGUUCUAUUUAUUUAUUCUCGGGUCUAAUUGUUUUCAAAACUAUUUCAAUUCGUCCACUAAACCAAU